ACAUUGUGCACUUAUUUUAAAAUCAUUUGUGACAAUUUACACAAAAUUUUCUCUGCGUAAUGGGGAUCGAAUCAACGUACGAGAUUCACCAAAACGCUUACAUCAAGCUAAUCCUCCAUGCAUCAAAGCACAAAACUUCCGCCGUCAACGGCGUUCUCCUCGGCCGUAUCUCCGGUGACUCGGCCGUCGUCGAAAUUGUGGAGUCCGUUCCACUAUUCCACUCUCAAAUUGGCGUCCUUCCUCCUCUCGAAAUUGCCCUAAUUAUGAUAGAGGAGUAUUAUUGUGAUAAAGGUUUAAGUAUUGUUGGUUACUUUCAUGCCAAUGAGAGAUUUGAUGAUUCCGAGCUAGGAAGUGUUGCUAAGAAUAUUGCAGACCAUAUCUACAAAUAUUUCCCUCAAGCUGCUGUGCUCCUGCUGGAUAACAAGAAGUUUGAAACUUUAUCAAAAGAGGGGAAAGAUAGGAGUCCUGUAAUGCAGCUUUACACCAAGGAUGCAUCUAGGAGCUGGAAACUAGUGGGAUCAGAUGGAAGCAGCCGUUUGAAAAUUAAACAGCCAUCAGCAAAUGUCAUCCUCCUAGAUUACAUUUCAUCGGGGAAAUGGAAGGAUAUUAUAGAUUUCGAUGACCACCUUGAUGACAUUAGCAAGGACUGGGUGAACACAGAGCUCUUCAAUUGAAGUUGCUAUGUGUAUCUCAUUUUGUUUCCGUCUCUGAAGGGAAAGGAUCCAUCACUUUGGUUAUAACAUUGUGAUCCAAUAGAAGGCAGCCUGCAGGUUAUAUUCUCAAGAAAAGGCGAUACAUUUGUCAAAAGUGCUUCCAAUUUUUUAGGAAGACUCGAUAUAACAUGUUCUCCAGCUUAUUGAUAUUGCCCUGUGCCUAGUCCAUCUCGAUAUUUUCUGUUUUUACCACUUCUCUGAUUUUCCAUGAAAUACAAGCAAGCAGAGUGAUCUAGAUUUUGCUCCACGUUUA